ACUUGUGUGGGUGGGUGUGUGUGUGUAUAUGUGUUGGGUCAUAGUCCUUUACACCAGGUGAGGGAUGUGGCCACACACUACACAGUAAAGCAAAUACUGGCUCACAUAAUAAAGUGCAGUCAAGCAUUGAACUGAAUUCCACCUGCAGAAAAACACUGGAAGUGUUUCUUCGUCUGGGGCCAGAUUCACAAAACACAUUUGUCUCAUUGGACUUAGCCAUGACGUACCGUCAUGCUAGCAGCAGUUUAUUCAAAAAUUUGACAGACAACUUAAAAAAAACAGAGUUAAAAUUAGUGUUCUACUUUCUCUCUAUUACUUUUUUACAAGAUUCUAUGAUAAACAGCAGACAAAAUUUGCAGAUGAAAAUAAUAUUCGGCACAUAUAUAACUGAUAUAUUUAUUUAAAUUUGUGAUAAGACUGUAAUCACUAUCACCGUUGUCAAUAUACGUGAAGCUUCCUCCUCUUUAGCUCUCUCUCUCUCUCUCUCUAUUACCUGUGGCAGGUCAUGUGACUCCGCCUCCACUACAGGGUAAAGGUAGAUUCCUCCUCCUGUUUUGUGUCAAACUAAACUUGUCACUCUGUCCGUGUGUGACAGGAACUGACCGGGGGGAUUUAAACUGUAUUUGAAAUACAGGCGUUAUUGUUUCCGUCUUUUACUGCGAGUUGAACAUGUCCAUCAGUCGGAAGAACUGGUCUGCUCUGUCCAGUCUUGCACGACAGCGGACGGUGGAGGAUGAGGAGGAGGUGGAGAGGGAGAGGAGGAGGAGAGUGAAAAGCUCCAGCAGCUGUUCUGACAAGGACGCGCCCAGCAGAACCACAUCCUCUAAUGACAGUCCUGGAUCUGACUCCAAAACGGAGGAAACCAGCAGCUUAGAGCAGAUUCAGUUGGACUUCGUGGAGAUGCUGCGGGUUCGUGAUGAGACACGGAGGGUAAGACUUGUGGAGACACUGAGGAAACAGAAAGCAGAAGAGGAGGAGGAGGAAGAGGAAGGUGAACCCGUGACUUUCAAAAGAAAUGAAAGAAGAAGAGGAACAGAGUCCAGGGUGGAGCCGCGGGGCAACAUGAAAGAGGAGCAGGACAUGGUAUUUGCACCUGAACAGACCACGUCCACACAAGGACCAGCCUCUGGAAGCAGCGGCAGUGAUGACACGAACCCAAAUAUGAUAAAGAAAGAGGAAGAUGUGUCUCCCCUACAGAGAAGUUCGAGUGUGAGAGUCGCCACCAAGAGAUUUGAAAACAACACAGUAGAAAAUGGAGAAGAGAAAAUCUCACAUUUUGCCAGAAAUUCCAAACAGAGACUUUCCUCCAGAUCUAUCCAGGAGAAGUUGGAGAGAUUGGCUCAAGCUGCUCAGAAAUCAGAAAUGUCUCGACCUGCGGACGUGUCCCACAGGACACUUCUGCUACUGGACGAAGUGUCCAGGAAGAGAGGGCUGUUUGAGAGGGAGGAGCCACGGCAGGUCUCCUCGGGCAGCCCUGUGGUCUCCAGACAGGAUUUCCGGAGUCAGGCUUCAGGAAUGUCUCAGGGAAUCAACCAGUGGAUGAACAAGAACAGUGCAAGCGGAUCUUUCGUCAGUGUCAGUGAGCUGAGAAAUGUAAAUAUCAACAGUAAAAGAACUUUGUUCGAAAACAGAGAUGAAGGAGAUGGAGGUGUCUCCAACACCCGCGCUGUCCAUGUCUUCAAGUAGAGCAGAAUGAAUACAGACCGGUGACAUUGAACAUGGACGUCAGCAGACUGAUUCCUUCUUUCAACACGUGGAGGUUUUCAUCAGUUUUCAAAAAAA